AUGAACCCAUCGGAUGCAUUUUCCUUUGCGUCCUUCCGCUUGAGGACAGAGAUCAAGUCUAUUGAGCUGCUUCCGGGAGCAUCACUGUCUGUAGGUAAGUCCUCGGAGGAGAGGUAUGCCAUGGAAGUUGAAUAUACAAUGCCAAUAGCAGAGGGCAUCUAUGAGGGAAGAGUCCUAAGAUUCAAGCUGAAGAUUCCACACGCAUAUCCGUUCAAGCCUCCCAAGCUCUUGUGCCUCGACAAAGUGUUCCAUCCAAACAUUGAUGGUGAUGGAAAUGUCUGCAUGGAGAUCCUGAGGCUGGGAUGGAGACCGAGCCAUGGGCUAGAAAGCAUACUCAUCAACCUUUAUGUCAUAUUUAUUGAGAUUACCGGAGAAGAUGCACUGAAUGCCUUAGCAGGAGACAUGUUCAGGGAAGAUUAUGAGAGAUUUGUAAGGAUCGCAAAGGGCCAGGAAGAAGCAUGA